AUGCGAGCAGCACCCGUGGCGGCCGAUCGAAAGCAAGCCAGCGCUUUGACGGAAUGUAUAGCCAAAAGCGGGCUUGGGCCAGCUCUUCGCCGUGCUGUUUCUUCUGAAUCUAACGGCAAUUUUUCGAGAUUCGCAUCCUGUCUCUUCGUUAACGUGGAGGCGAAGACGCAAAAGGCACUG